GGAGAGCGCCGUGGGGCCGCCCGCGCGAGCGUACGGUCCGGGGCACGGGCAGGAGGAGGAGGCUCGCGGCCGGCCCCUUCCGUCUCUCGCGCAUUCGCCGGCUUUUGUGCCGGUGCCUCGGAGCUGCAAGGAGGGUGCGCUGGCGGAGGAGGGGGGCCUGGGGUGAGAGGCACCCCCUUCACGCGCGCGCGCACACGCCGCCGGCGCACGCACACACGCGCGGACACUUACAGACACGCACACACACGCACAAAGCUCGCUCGCCUCGAGCGCACUAACGUGCCCGCUCUCUUUGUGUGGAGCCCUCGAGCGGGGUUGGGGCCCCGGUCCGGUCCGGGGGAGAUGGCGCAGCCCAUCCUGGGCCAUGGGAGCCUGCAGCCCGCCUCGGCCGCGGGCCUGGCGUCCCUGGAGCUCGACUCUUCGCUGGACCAGUACGUGCAGAUUCGCAUCUUCAAAAUCAUCGUGAUUGGGGACUCCAACGUGGGCAAGACCUGCCUGACCUUCCGCUUCUGCGGGGGGACCUUCCCGGACAAGACUGAGGCCACCAUUGGCGUGGACUUCAGGGAGAAGACCGUGGAAAUCGAGGGCGAGAAGAUCAAGGUGAUCCAGACGGUUCAAGUAUGGGACACAGCAGGUCAGGAACGCUUCCGCAAAAGCAUGGUCGAGCAUUACUACCGCAAUGUGCAUGCAGUGGUCUUCGUCUAUGACGUCACCAAGAUGACAUCCUUCACCAACCUCAAAAUGUGGAUCCAAGAAUGCAACGGGCAUGCUGUGCCCCCACUAGUCCCCAAAGUGCUUGUGGGCAACAAGUGUGACUUGAGGGAACAGAUCCAGGUGCCCUCCAACUUAGCCCUGAAAUUUGCCGAUGCCCACAACAUGCUCUUGUUUGAGACUUCGGCCAAGGACCCCAAAGAGAGCCAGAACGUGGAGUCAAUUUUCAUGUGCCUGGCUUGCCGAUUAAAGGCUCAGAAAUCCCUGCUCUAUCGUGAUGCUGAGAGGCAGCAGGGGAAGGUGCAGAAACUGGAGUCCCCACAGGAAGCUAACAGCAAAGCUUCCUGUCCUUGUUGAAACCAAAUGGUGUAAAUACAAGAUCAAUUAUUACUGGAGUUUUUUCUUUCCCUUUUUUUUUCCUGUGCCUGCAAAAAUGCUGACAUCUGCUUGUUUCCAUACAAAUUGAUAUUAAAAUAAAAUUUGUAUAGAUUA